AAGAAUGCCCGCUGUUAGCUACACCCCUUGUUAACAACUUCAUCACCAUCUUGCUCACAGAAUGGUGGUGUUGUUGCUCCGGAGCUAACUUAGUUGGAGCAAUGUGCUAAAGGACGAGAUCUACGGAAUCUCGUGGCGAAGUCAGUUGUUCGGCAACUGGUCCAAGUCCAGGGACUCUAGCCUUCGAACGUCACCAGUGACGCGCUAAUCCGAAGAGGCGGCGUGCGGAUUUUCCCAAAUUGGAAAAGAGGACCAGAAAAGUAGAGGAAAAAAGUUUCGGAAGCCGAGAGCGUGUGUUGCGUUCUCUCUCUUGUUCGCCUGCCCCCGGUUUUUCUUUGGCUAAGGUGGAACGACGCUCUUCAGUGGGGUUUGAUGUAGUUGGUGCCUGCUUGUCGAUAGAUCGUGAAGCUUGCUUUGUCUUGAAUUGGCUUGUUGUCCUGGCUUGAACCAUCAUGUGCCGAGAUCAAGGGAAGGGUAACUUCCGCUGGCCUUUGUGAGAUCCCUGUGCCCCACUUAGCUCCUUUUGCCCUAGUUCUACGUCUAUAGUUUCUGUCUGUGUGAUCGUCCUUGUUUUGGAAUUCGGGUCAUUCUUUCUCUGUUUCCAGUUGCUGGUCUUUUCCAGGAGGGAGGGGGGAGAGGGGAAAUUCGAGAACGGAAUGCUGGACUCAUGGUAAGGCGUCUAGUUGGGGUGUGAAUUUGAAGGUGUGGCCGGAGAUUCGGAUUUUGAAGCUGGAUGCGAAUGUGGGGGAAUUUUAGUUUGGUCGAGGGGAUUAGUUUUGAAUAGUUCGAGUGGGUUUGGACACGUGACGAGUGGUAGGAAGUGGCGUAAGGAACAUGGCAUCUUUUUGCGGAUGGGAGGGUUAGCUUUGGUUUGUGGGUUGGAAGGGAAUGGCAAGCACUGGGCAUCCAACUGAUCGAGGGUGUGAGAGUGAGGAGGCAUACGUCGGUUGAUGCAUUCUGCAGUCGGUGGGGAACUUACGAGCAUAAUGAUGCAGUAAGUGACUUACAAGGGCGAAAGAGGGGAGUGGUGGGGUGGAUCUACUGAAGGCAACGCUGAGGCUGAGACUGAGGCCUUGGUGAGUGGCACAAGAUGGGAGGUUGUUGUUCUAAGAGCUCAGUUGUCGAACAAAGGCCACAAGCUCCUCAUAGAACAGAGGCCAAUGGCAAAGAGAAGGAGGCCGCAUAUCAGAACAAGGGGAGAGACCUGCCAGUGAAAGUAGGGGGCGACCCGCCAGAGAAGAAGGAGCGAGAUUCUCCAGAGCACAAGGGGAGAGACCUGGUAGAGAACACGCAGGGAAGCCCUCCAGAGAAGAAAGCAAGAGAAACGCCAGAUAAACAGGUAGGGGCCACGAAGAGGCCAAUCCCAGAGCGCAAGCAAUCUAGGAUCUCAGCUGCGAAUCUGAAAGAUAACCAAAGUCAUUCACAACCACUUGGGAAACGGACUAACUUUGGCUAUGAGAGAGACUUCAAGGAGAAAUACUCGCUCGGAAAGCUCCUUGGUCAUGGACAGUUCGGUUACACUUAUGUUGCCACUGAAAAAGCCACUGGUAACAAGGUUGCUGCCAAGUGUAUAGAGAAAAAACAGAUGAAACUUCCAAUUUCUGUGGAAGAUGUGAAGCGAGAAGUGAAGAUCUUACGCACUUUGUCUGGACACGAGAACGUCGUGCAAUUCUUUGCAGCCUUUGAAGAUGACGAUCUAGUUUACAUUGUUAUGGAAUUAUGCGAAGGUGGAGAACUUCUUGAUCGAAUCCUUGCCAAGAAGGACACCCGGUAUUCAGAAAAGGAUGCUGCGAAAAUAGUGAGGCAGAUGCUUAAUGUUGCUGCACGGUGUCAUCUGAAUGGUGUUGUUCAUCGCGAUAUGAAACCAGAGAAUUUUUUGUUCAAAUCUUCGAAAGACGACUCACCACUGAAAGCAACCGAUUUUGGAUUAUCUGAUUAUAUCAAGCCAGGUAAGCGGUUUCGUGAUGUCGUGGGAAGCGCUUAUUACGUGGCUCCAGAGGUCUUAAACAGGAAAUCUGGUCCUGAAUCAGAUGUGUGGAGUAUCGGAGUCAUCACCUACAUUUUGUUGUGUGGAAGGCGUCCUUUCUGGGACAAGACGGAAGCUGGCAUAUUCAACGAGGUUUUGAAGAAGAAACCAGAUUUCCGCGAAAAGCCAUGGCCAUCAAUUACCGCUAGCGCUCAGGAUUUUGUGAAGAAAUUGUUGAGAAAGGAUCCACAUAUGAGGCUAACAGCCGCUCAAGCCUUGUCGCAUCCAUGGGUAAAGGAAGGGGGUGAUGCUUCCGACAUGCCUCUAGAUAUUUCGGUACUCUCAAAUAUGCGAGAAUUUGUGAAAUAUUCACGUCUGAAGCAGUUGGCUUUAAGGGCACUCGCGAGUACUCUGGAAUCGGACGAGAUUAGGGACUUGCGUGAUCAGUUUGAUGCAAUGGAUGUCGAUAGGAAUGGUACCAUCACCCUGGAAGAAAUCAAACAUGCUCUUCAGAAGGAUAGGCCAUGGGCAGUGAAGGAAUCCCGGGUGUUAGAGAUUCUCCAAGCGAUGGAUAGCAAUGCCGAUGGGAUGAUAGACUUCGAUGAGUUUGUUGCAGCAACCCUCCAUGUUCAUCAACUUGAGCAGGCCAACAGUGCAAAAUGGCAGCAGCGAUCUAAAGCUGCAUUUUCUAAGUUUGAUGUAGAUGGUGACGGGUUCAUCACAGCUGAGGAGCUUAAGAUUGCAACAGGUCUCAAGGGAUCAGUAGGGACGUUAUUAGAGGAAGCUGAUUCGGAUAAAGAUGGGCGCAUAAGUCUUUCCGAGUUUCAGAAGCUGCUACAUCAAGCCAGCUUUGGAUCUCGGACAAACACUGACCACAACCGUCAACGCACAUGAUCGUCUUCAAUAUGGGAACCAACCACCAAUUUGAAGCAUAUCACCAGGCUUGCUUUUAGUCACCAACUCAGCAAGGGAUUGAGAUGACGCAUCCUUUCUUGCGUAACAGAACGUUGGAAUAGAGUUUGAGAAAGGUUCCUUAUGCCGGUCUUUUCACUGCCUGCUUACUUAACCAGGCAAGAUGUGGUCUUGAGUGAUUUAGAUUAUUUGCAUGGAGCGAAUAAGUCGGAUCCAUUCGAAGCAAGUUUCAGCUUGUGUAAUAGGCAUACUCCUGUAAAAUAGGCGAAAGCCAUCUAUUUAUGACCCAGCGUGAGUGGAAAUUGCUGAGGGAUUCGGGCCAGGGUUUUUCUUAAUAAAGGAUUUUUAAUACAUCAGCUACACUUAUUAUUAAA